AUGAUACGACAACCAAGUAGCGUGAUUAUUGCCGGACCCUCGGGCAGUGGCAAGAGCGACUUGGUGGAACAAUGGUUGCGGUACCUGAACGUGUUUCAAGUGAAACCCAAAACCAUGGUGUAUGCGUAUGACCGAUGGCAACCCAGAUUCGAGCGUAUCCAAAAAGAGGAUGGCAUUCGAUUUCAUCGCGGGUUACCGGACCCUAGUCAUUUGACAAAAUGGUUUGGCCCCACGCGAGGGGGUGUGUUGGUCUUGGAUGAUCUAAUGGAAGAAGGGGGACAAGACAAACGCGUGUUGGACUUGUUUACCAAAGAUUCCCAUCAUCGCAACAUUACAGUGCUGUAUUUGACGCAAGAUUUAUUUCCACCCGGUAAAUUCUCCAAGACAAUUAAUCGCAAUGUGCAUUACAUUGUGACCUUCAAAAACCCACGAGAUCAAACGGGCAUACGAACCAUUUUACUUCAAGCCUUUCCCGACCGUUGGCGUCAAGUCUUGCGACUAUUUAAUCGUGUCACAUCACGCCCUUUUGGUUAUUUGAUGUUGGAUGUGCAUCCUGCCUCGGAUGAUCGUUACCGUUUGUGGAGUCAUUUAACACCCAGAGAAGGUAAAGCGCAAGUCCAUACGUUGCCCUCGGAUGUCCCUACCGUUCGAAAACGCACUGCAACGAGAACGCGAACGUCAACGUCGGCAAAGAGAAGGAGGACAACACACUGAAUUAUCAACCCGUCUGAAUACCUCGACCCUGUCUCCGACAAACGUGGAUUUACCGUCAGCACCACCACCUUGCAAAAGCGUAAAAAGAAAAUAGUCCUUUCACCUAAUGUGAGGUUCGACGAACAGUUAGCAACGCGCCGAGCCUUGAGACUAUAAAAACGAGACACGUCGUGAAAAAGGUUCAUCAGAUGUUGUACAACCCAUCAUGCCACCCAAACGCAGACGACAACGACGAAAGCAACGAGGGGGUAUUCUCCCGUUCCUCAUUCCCGCUGCCAUCGCUCUCGGCAAAGCGGCAGCGCUAGGAGCUGUUAGUGGCGGUGCGAGCUACGGUGCCAAAAAAGCUAUCGACGCGGCUACGCGCAAGAAAAAAAAACUCAGUCCAGCCCAAUUAGCGGCCAAUAAACGACACGUUGAGCGUGCGUUAAAACGCACAGGAUGGGCUUUCUAAACUCCAUGCACGUUAUAAAAAGAAAUGAAAGGGGUUGACAAAGAGCUAGCAAUGCGCCGAGCCUUGAGACUAUAAAAACGAGACACAUAGUGAAAAAAGGUUCAUCAGAUGUUGUACAACCCAUCAUGCCACCCAAACGAAGACGACGGCGACGAAAGCAACGAGGAGGUAUUCUCCCGUUCCUCAUUCCCGCUGCCAUCGCUCUCGGUAAGGCGGCAGCGCUAGGAGCCGUUAGUGGCGGCGCCAGCUACGGUGCGAAAAAGGCUAUCGACGCGGCCACGCGCAAGAAAAAAGUGGGCAAGAUCAGUGCAGCGCAAUGGGCAGCCAAUAAACGAGACGUUCAGCGCAUGUUAACUCGAACGGGUUUGCCUGGGUUAGCUUCACUACGAAUGCUAAAGUAAAAAAACUAUAAAAGAGACAUUGUUAGUUCCCCAGAAAACGAUGCCGGCAUCAUGGAUUGCAACGUGGAAGAGUGCUACACAUGUUGGCGAUGGCUCUCUCGCCUUGCGAGGUCAAGAAACGCACAUGGGCGCGUAAAGGUUAGAAGUGAUGCAGUGCUCAGAAGAAGAAAAAAAGGUUCUAACGAUUAUUUUUUACAGUGCGACAAAAAUUUUGAAGACCAGUUGUGUCAACAGUGUUGCGACCACAUGCAACAAUAUUAUCAUGGCGAACUGUGUGGAGCACUUUUUACCAUAAAUAGACCUUCGGUGGAUGGCCCAAAGCAACAAUCACACGAUGGAUUGGCGCAUGGAACGUCAAGCUCCGUUUCUGAAGAGUGUGUUGCGAGAAGCGGACAAUAAUAAACGACAAGAAUUGUUACGGAUGGCCAAUGCGGAUCAGAUUAAUGCCAUCAGUGAGUUGGUCAUGAACACGAUCCGCGGAACCGUGCCCCGUUCUCGACACACCAUCACUUUGCUGAAACCUCAUGCUCAGAGUUUAAGAGCCAUGGCCAAACCGACUCAUUCGGUCAAACGUCGACGCUAUCAUCAUGAUGUCUCAAAAAAGGCGGGACUCUCUGGUCCGAACUCUACCGAUGCUAUAAACGUACCAUGCGUUAGACAUUGUACCUCAUUUACACCAUGGAGCAAGAGAUGGUGAGCACCUCUGUGGACAAUGCUCCGGCUUUUUUACAAUUACGAGACAAGUACAAACAAGAGUUGGUCGAAGAUACUCGAUUGACCAAAGCGGCAGAUUUAGCGGCCAAACAACAUGUGCUCUUGGCCAGUGAU